AUGGCAUUAGAACUGAUCUUUGAUGAGGAUGAGGGGCUCUACAAAGUGGGGAAGAGGAGGAAGUACAUUCCGGGCAUGGGGCUCAGGGGACAGCUGCGACUUGGUUUUGUCAAUGAAGGACCUGCAUUGAACUACCAGUGGGAUGUCCAUGGGCCUGCAACAAAGUUGGCAAAUGCCACGGUAUCUAGCAUAACCAGGACCAAUAAUAAUCAAGACCCUAAAAAUGUUGGUACAUUUCUUUGCAGAAAGAAAGUCCAUUCCUACUCAUGCUGUGUCAUUCAGGUCUGCACAUUCCUGUCCUUUGGCAUUGCAGAGUGCUAUAUCCUCUCAGUGAUGGCCUAUGACCGCUAUGUUGCCAUUCGAGACCCUUUAAGGUACUCAGUCACAAUGAACUGGGGUAUUUGUAGGAGGCUGGCUGCUGGGUCUUGGUUGGGUGGCUUUUUGGCAUCUACAGUGGAUACAGUAACCACAUUCCAGCUGUCCUUCUGCCAGGAUAAUGUUAUCAAUCAUUUCUUGUGUGAAAUGCCUGCUCUACUGCACCUCUCUUGUACUGACACAACCCAUGCAGAGUUGGUCAUGCAGGUCCUCUGUAUCUUUACUCUUUUGUGCCCUAUCACAUUCAUCAUCCUUUCCUAUGCACACAUCAUCAUUGCUGUCUUGAGAAUUCGCUCUGCCCCGGGACGUAGAAAAACCUUCUCUACUUGCUCUUCCCACCUUUUAGUUGUCACCCUAUUUUUUGGGACUGUAAUGUCUCUUUACUUAAAGCCUAAGUCUCUGUCCUCUCCAGAAUACAAUAAGAUUGUUUCAGUGUUUUAUGUGGCUUUCACACCUACUCUCAACCCUCUCAUCUAUAGCUUGAGAAAUAAGGAGGUGAAAAUGGCCCUGAGAAAACUUUUGGGGAAACCUGAAGGUGCUUAA